UGAUUCCUCCGAGGGGUUGUGCCUAUAUUGCUAUGGUUCAUAGACAAGAUGCCAAUACAGCAUUAACCAAACUCAGCAGGGGCUCAUACAAAGUCAAUCAGAAACCUGUAAAGAUUGCUUGGGCUUUGAACAAAGGUAUUAAAUCAGCGCACAAAAAGUUCUGGGAUGUUGAACGUGGAGUUACCUACAUCCCGUGGAAUAAAGUCAAAGUUGACGAGUUGGAGACCUAUCGGGAAGGGGGGAUGCUGGACGUGGAGACACUAAAUACAGAGUGGAAUUAUGGCAAGGACAUCAAUAACAAGGCAGCUGUAAAUGGAGACUUGGAGAGUGUCCCAGCAGAUGGAACCAUCACUGCUCACAUUCAGGUGCCACCAGUUCUACAGGCAGCACCCAUAACAAGUCCACCUGCUUUCCCUGGCCCCAUCAUGCUGUCCCCUACGGGGCCUCCAGUCGGAGCUCCAUUCAUCCCCAAAGAGUUUGAUCCUACAAAGUUGGCACCAGCAGGAAAUGGAAAACCUCCAGAGGAGUCCACCGUGGAUUCUAAAGGAGACAAAGGCGAACCCUCAGAUCUGGGUGCAGACAUCAAGCUGGGGUCCCCUACUGCACCAGUGAUGACCUUACCAGGCCCAGGAGUCAUGCAGGGGCCCAGACCGGGUAUGCCCCCUAUGCAGCCUCCUCCUGGGAUGCCGAAUCAUCAUCUACCUCCAUUCCUCUCACCCCCAAACAUGCCACUCAUGCCCCCACAUAUGAUGCCUGGAGGACCCAUGUUUCCACCGAAUAGGUUCAGAAUGCAUAUGCCGUUUCCUCCUCGUGGCCCUCCUUUCCAUCGACCUCCGCCUAUGGGACCAGAGGGCAUGAAUGACACUGAGGGGAGGCAUUUCCGAAACGGGAGGGCAGGGUUUGGGUGCCCCCCCUUCAUCAGAGGGAGGUGGUAGAGGUCGUCUGAAUGAAGAACUUAAGGAAAGAGGAUGCUGAAUCACUGUGAGACACUGUUAAGUAUCAGGACAUCUGGUUCAACAAGGACUUAUGUGAAGAUUUGAUGGUGCAUGAACCUAUAUUUUACACCAGAAGAACCUUUUCUAAGUGUCAGAUUAACAAUGAAAAACAGGACACAGUGUUCUGAAUGUGGUCCAUGCUCACUCAAGUUCACCAGAGAAGGAACUCUUUGUUGUAAAUACUGUAAGUGCUUCUAGCUGUUUGAUAUCUUUUUGUAUAUUUUAAGUUGUGUAGUUAAUGCUCAAGUCUAAUCUAAGUAGUUGGAGGUAAAAGGCAAAGUCUGUAUUUUUGAGCUAAUUCUGAUACCAGAGUUUUGUGUAUGGAAGGAGUCUGUACAAAUCAAUAAUUCAUACCUUUUUGGUAUUUUGUUUUUACUAAAAACAUGCCUUUGUAACACACUGAUGUGUAAUUCUUUACCAGAGAAGUUGGAUUUCAUUUGAAGCAGAUGAAGAUGUGCAGUCCUGCCAGUAGAGGGUAGAGUUAACCCUAUUACCAAGGCCGACCUCUGUUGUACAUCUUGUAGGAUCAUGUGCAGUGAAUAUAAAAAAAACUGAUACUAC